UGUUCUCCUUUUGUUUUAAUCAAAUCUAUUUUUUUAAAGUUACUCAAAAUUCGACAAUGAUUGGUUUGUUCUCUGUGACAUUUUGAAAACAGAUUGUGAAGAACUACUGAAUGUCAUAUCUAGCUUUGCUCACGCAAAUAUAGUCCUACAUCUUUUUUCAAUAUAUUGUGCAUUAGAACGAAAAACAAUUGAUUUCACAAUUUUGUUGGCGUUAUCCCUUUAUGUUGUUUUGAUCAGUUCUCCUUUUUCUAUUCCUACCCUUUGUGGCUAACGGUCUUGAUGAGUGAUGCUGAAGACGAUGCCCGUUCUGCGGACAUUCGGCAAUCACGUAGCCUAGCGGGAGCGCGACCUGCCGCCCGUGUCCCCGGUGGUGUCCCCCGUGGCCGUCAGUGCGGCAGCUGGCGGUGUCGCCGGCAGUCGCGUCACUAGUGGCGGUGGUGGUAUUGGUGACGGUGACACCCAUCACGACAUUUACUACUAUCAUCCACGGCACGACUGCCAAAGCCACAGCCUCGAGCACAACUACGAGAGCGAACACAAAAAAGCACACAAACAACAGCACAACAAUCACUAUGCCACCUAUCACUACACCGGCAAGUCUGGCCACCAUCAUCCACCUCACCAUCAUCACCAGUACAUGUACACCAGUAACAACAGCAACAGCAGCAACAACAAUAACACCAGCAACACUAACCACCACAACCAACCGAACGGGCCGGGCAGUAAUGGCAAUGGCGGCAGUGGCGGUAACGGCGGCGGCAACAAUCACUCGAAAGGUCGCGCGAAAGCCAAGCGCAACGAGUACGAGCGCCCCGGUGGUCCGUCCCCGGGCGGCACCAAUCCCACUGCGGCCGCCGGUGCGGCCGGUCAGUACGGUGCCGGCGGCAGCAGCCCGGCCGGCACCGUCGACCACGGGGGCAAGUCCUCGGCCAAAAGUCGGCAGCUAAGCUGCGAGCUGUUCGAUCCGCCCGGCUACGGUGAGCCGAAGCACCACGGCAAGCACCACACUAAGAGCAAAUCACAAUCGCAAAUGCUGCUGCUGCCAGCACCGACCGCCACCAACACCGCCACACUGCCCGCCCACAUGCUCACGUCCGCCGGUGCACCGACGCAUCCUUCCUCCUCCUCCUGCUCCUCCUUCCAUCGCGCCUCCCUGUCCGAUUCACGCGAAACGUCUCCCACCUCUCCAUCGCCUCCGCCGCUUCCACCGCUGCCGCUCGGUGGCCAUGCCGCUGGCGGCAAUACUGCCAAACAGCAACAGCAAAGUGUGCAAAAUGGCAAACAACAAACAUCGCCAGCAUCGUCACCGACGAUCGCCCGACGCUAUCAGGCGAGCAAUAAUGCAAAUAAAUCACACUACCACCAUCACCAGCAGCAAGCGCUGCCCCUAACGCCACCAGCAACACAGCAGCAGCAACAGCAACAACCGCAACAACACUACACUAAAAAACACACUCAGAAACAUCAGCAACAGUCGCCGGUAAAUAAUAGUGCCAAUGGGCACGGCAGCAGCCGGGCCAGUUAGUUGCAGCGACGGGAAGUGACAGAUCGCACCGUGGGUGGGCGGGUGGCCGAUCGGGUCGGUUGAGCAAUGCUAGAAGAAGAAAACACUCGAAAGACAUGGAACGAAUACAUUAAACGCUCAGGACGGUGCCGGACACGAUCAAACAGCAUCUCUGUUUACUAGCAAAUCACAAUAUUACCGGAACGACUCGGCGUGUGGGGGUGUAUGGGGGUUGGGGUGAGCUGCGUGUGGUCAAUUUCUCUUCGGUGCAGUCGGUGCAACAAUUGUGCCUCAAAUGUUGACGCACACAAAUGCAAACACAAAAAAUGUGCGACGCAAAAACACGCCCGUUUGCGAGAGUGUGUACACACAAGUGGUCGCUUCUGGAUAAGUCCUCGGGAUCACAUCGUGGCACGAUUCAUUCCCAUCUCCAUGGGGGAGUUGUUCCUACCUUUUUCCUCCCAUCACGGUAGCUGCUAAGCCGGUUCCUUGCGCAGUGUGUGCAGUCCGAGCACAAACAGUCCAGAGCAGAGCUGAACACAACGGCUGUACAUAUAGACACCACUUCUGUGUGCAAGUGGACACAGACAGACUAGUGGUACAAGUUUCCAGGAUAAUCUCAAGAAUAGAGGAAAACGCUCACACACAAAAACGAGAAAAACAGUUCAGUAACAAAACACAGAACAAAAUAGAGAUUCAAGCGAAACGAAGCUUCACGCCUCCUUCCCCCCCAGUGGAUGCGAUGUAAUAUUUACAUACACUUCGGAGAGGGAGCUAUAAAAACCAGACCCUCCCACCAAAGGAAACAUGAUUUAUGAGUACAUUAAGAAUGUGUAGAUAAUCGGUUCAGCUGAAAAGCGGGUCAUGGGAUACGUGGGAACACCGCACCAACCGGACGGACGAAAACAAAGUUGAACGAGUGUUGGUGGUUAUUGCUGUUGCUGCUGUACGUGGUUGAAGUGGUUCCCUUCCUCGCCAAUUCCUCCGUGCUUCUCCCUCUUUCUUUUCCACUAGCAGGGGUUUCUUAAGUGCAGCCUUUUCCCUAGUUUAAAAAUCAUCAACGCGCGUCAACGGCGAAUGGUAGAAAAUAAAUGGUCUAAACUGUAGCGUUACUCACCAGCGUGUCCGUAACAUACCGGUGCACACUUACGCUCCUCACGCGGAUCCAAUGCACUGUACGGUUAAUACUUGCACAAAUGCUUCAUGCGUGAUGGCAGAGCUAUAUGCUACCGAUGCUGCCCCAUACCAUGCUCACUGAUUUCAUCAUCAUCUUAUCAUAGCUCACUCAUUUAGUUUUUUUUACAUUUUUCGACCUGUAUCCGACAUGUAUCUUAAGUUUUUUAAAUAAUAUAUAUUAAUAUAUUGUAUUUUGAUUUUUUUUCCUGUGUCAACGCUUUCAAACACUCCAUGAAAUGAAAUUUAACCUCUAAUAAUAUAAAUUAACAUGCAACAUUUACUUCAUUGAUAAAUUAAGUAAAUAUUUUUACAUACAAUGUUUCUAUUUAUUUAAAAACGGUAUUAUUUAAUUAAUUAACGCGUUGCACGUCAAUGUUCUCUUAUACUGCAAAUAUCAAAACCUUGAUCAAAACACUCCAAAAGAUGGCAUAAGCACCACAAUCAAAAUUCAAGAAAUUUUUCGAAAUAAACAUAUUAGGUUUCUUCAAAUUAAAUGAAUACCCGCAUAUGAUGCGUGUCAUCAACGUCAGCUAUUAUAUUUUCACUUCCCAUGCAAGCUAAUCGUAUUAUCGUGCCUCUUUUAACAAAUUUGUUUCGUUGGAAAUGCUUUGUUCGAGUGCCAGUUAAUUGUACGCUCUUGAUACACCGAACCUAUUCAGCAAUUGAUAACGCUUCCACAAAACCUUUGCACGUGAACAGAACAUAUCGUGGCGGAAUUGUUAAAUACCGAGCGUGGUGUACCGGCUUGUAAAGCACACCGGCACAGUUACGUGUAUUACACCGUUGACAUUAUUGUGCUGAUUCACCUGGAAAUAACUUUCCAUCAUUGUUCGCAACUAGAUAACGCAGAACAAAAAUCAAAUACAUCUGCUGGCCCUCAUACCAGCAAAGUUGUGAAUCGGCACAAAUGUUCGAGUACAGAAAGCCGACAUGAUUGCACUAUAAAUAUGAAAUACUUUAUCCCUCUCUAUUUUUAUUUCCCGCUCGUCUUUGCCGUUCCUGUGAAUCUAUCAAUAGAUAUUGUUUCCCUUGAAAAUCAUUGUUAAUGGUUUCAACAUAUGGGACUUGCGGGCACGAAAUUAUGAAGUACCAGGCGUCUCCAUUAAAAUGAGCUUUUAUUGUGUCUCGAAGUUACGACGUAUUGUAGUAAUAAUUUGCUGCAAACAGUAACUAAAAGUGAUUAUUGAGUAUCUUUGCCAAUACCAACACUACUUAUAACACUAUUUCGGCAAUCAAACGCCUUCAAUCCAGCCGCGCUGCACACAGUCUAGCUUUACGGGCCGAAAAUCAUUCCUAGCACCAGCCAAAUAUGUUCCAAUUAUGGCCCAAAAAUACAUUUCGACGGCCAAAGUCUACGUAUUUCCAAUUAAAAAUCUACCGGCCCGCAAUCCACAUCGAACGGGCGCAGGCCACACUCAGCUCUCGCCAUCUUACAAAUCCAAUUAAUUUGCUCCAUAAACGAUGUGAAGGGGGUCAAAUGGGAGCGCCACAACAUUACGUCGGUACCAGGCGCGUAGUCCUGCCAGGCGCAAACCGACAGAGCCAACGCUUGUGCUAUCGGCACUGGAAAGCGCACCGGUCACUAGAAGUGUAAUUGAAAUCGAAUUAGUUGAAGCGAACAAACACCCCGAAACUGACUCUGGUAGCAGGACGCGAACCUAACCCAGGGCGAGUGCAGAUAAAUUUUAGAUGAAUCUAAUUAAAAGAUAAAAUCUGUUCGUAGCCCUCUACCGACCGAUACCCUAAUAAUCCAGGCCUUCGCUCAAGUGGCCACCGAGUUUAGGAACUCGGCAGUGUAGUUGUUUUUUCGUGCUUCACCACACAUUUACCAUCCCAGACAGUGCAACAUAGUGAAGAGAUGGAAAACCAUCUGUCCUCGCGGUUUCUUACCACACCUACCGCGUACCAAAAUGGCGCCGCGAAACGUACCAAACUUUAAAAAUUCAAAUAUCGUUUCAAUGUUUUCAACGGCAUUGAAAAGCAUGGAAAAUUGAAAGCUGGCAAAAACACUAGCAGCGCUCAAUGAAAUUAAGUAUAUUCCCAGCCCACCUAUUUUCAUACAAACUUUGUCGUCACCAUCCAGCAAUCGGCGUACCCCACCAAGUACCCUUCCCUUUCCUUUCCCCUUGGCAGACGCCAGCUAUAGCAAACGUGAGAGUGAGAUGAUUGCCACCCAUCAAAUUCACGCGCCCCAUUUUCUGUUCUGUUCUCUGCCGCACCCUCCUCUGCCGUGUUCUGCAGCUCCAUCAACCAAUAAACGGAGUUGCCACGCGCAGUCGGGGGGGAUAAUUUUCAAUUAUUUACCCUCCUCACGAUGAAGCAAUUAGGAAGAAAUUAGUCAAAAUAAACGAUAAAGUAUUGCUUCAUAAAGCAAGGCAGUGUGCCAGUCUGCUGCAGCUUAAACUUGGAAAACGAGUGAAAGCAUAAACGCACCCGUUCUCGCAAGCCCAGUAAUAAACGGUGCGGAUAGGGAAAACAACGAGCAAGUGACACCAUUCGGAAAACCGCAGCCUGCCGUCAAAUUCGACACUCAAAACAGACGGCAGCCGUUUCGUUGCCACGGAGUGUCGCUUUAAACAGACGAAGCACUUAUCGCGGGAGCUCACAAAAAAAUGUUUUUGUCAAACAGCGUAAAAAUCGUGGCGAAAACUUAGGGGGAAAUUGUGGUCGUCUGUCAAUUUGCUGACACUGCAAGUUGUAUUUGGGGUGCAGUUGCUGGUACUCUUUCAGUGAAACAUCAGCCACCACAACCAUCCUCCCUAAUGAGAAGCGAAUUUUCUGCGCCAACUGUCUCGUCCUUUGGCGAAGCAACUUUCCAUGAAGCUGAAUCAUUUUCAUCGCUUCACUUAUCAGUGAGAUUGUGCGAAAAUUGUGUUCGCUAUUAUGCAUUGCGCUAGGGAUUUUUUUACUUCCUUCUUACAUGAGUUCUAUUUAUACGUCAGAGAUUUUGAAGUGAAGAAGUAACGAACGAAACAAUAACCCAUGAAUGGUUAUCUUUCGAAGCAAUUCUUCGCGAUUGCAGUAUUUUUAAUUCAAUACUUUCUGAACAAUUACGGUUUCUUCAUUAUGAUGCUUCACCCAACAAUCGAUGGCAAAGAGAAAGCAAUCAAACAAACUGAUUGUGCUAGAGAAACAAUAACUCAUAUAAUUGGAGAUCAAGCGUACGAAGAAAUCACCCGCAAUGAUAAAGCGCAUUUGUAAAAUGAUCUAGUGAAAAAAAAAGAUCAAAUACUAAUCAAAAAUCAAAAUUAACCUGUUUUUCAUCAAAUUUCUCAACGCAUUUGUAGCAAUGCAGUACACAACUGAUCCGUACGCCAGGUCGUAAGCAAUAGAUUGAUUUUCUAUUUCUACCAAUCCAGUCCACAGGCAUGUAAAUAGCAACACUGAAAAUAAAUUAUCUCUACCGUGCACUCGACUCGGAACUGACUUCAUUCCACGAGCUUUAGAAAAAACAGAAACUCUAUAUCGAACGCACCGGUCCGUUCCCACACACUACAUCUGUCAUGGGGCGCAAAGUGAGUCUCAAUUCCCUUGACUCUAUCGUCCCAAGCGUGCUUUGCAGGCGCAGAGUGCAAACAGAUGGGUCGCGAUACAUCAUCACCGUGCCACCGGGGCCGCUGGUGGUGAUGAGAAUCAGAAUCAGUUUAUUUUCUUAUUUUCUUCCUACGGACACACGUACACACUUGGUCGUGGGCAGGGAAGCAUAUUUCUUCCAGUGGACAGGGUGACAGGGAGCUGACACGAAACUCCACCAAACACAACCAGGGCCGCAAGGAUAAGCAAGAGAGGCAAGGGAAGGCGAAAUUCUCCCACCGCCGACGAUUCGAUUGUUACCGCCGUUGCCCGACGCCAUCAUUCGCAAGACGGAAAUUGAUUUCGAUAUUAUAGAUAGACUAGACAAUUCAAUUUCAUCGAAACACCCAGAGGGCUGAGAGACACAGACGACCAUACGCACAUAAUGCACGUGUGCCAGACGUUCUUCUAAAAUCUAACAGUCACUCGCAUAAGAAAUGGUGAACAGGAACAGGCAGAGCGUAAGCGGGUAAGAAAUACCCAGCCGGAAUCGACGAAGCGAAUGAGGGGUGCACGGGUGCAGCAAAAUACAGUUUAAUGGUAUCAUUUCUUCGGCACGGUUGAUGUAGCACCUGGCCAACAGAGCUGAGUCACGGCCGAUCGCCCCCGGGGAAUGGGUCCGUUCCACUCGAAACCAGAAGCCCGGGACGCAUUGCAGCAGGGCACACGCUGGAACCUUUGCCUCGGGUACUUGUGCCCACGCUCCCCGUAUAUCGGAUUCAUGCUUCAAGCACUCGAACCCUUGUUCGGCAAGGUGACCGGUGUUUUCCCGCACGCUCGUGAGUCAACAUUGCUCGAUACGAGGUGGGACUGUGGGACUGUGAGACUGCACACUCUUUGCACCUUUGUCAUUGCUCGGGUUCGAAGUUUCCAAUAGCCUGCCCCAAAACGGGACGCCUCACAGUGCUGGGAAUACCUUUGCCUUUGCUCGCCAGGGGGAAACAACCGUACCGCCACUGUGUCCUCCCACCGUGCCCAGGGAUGGUCAUAGUUUAGCAACGGUUACCGCACCGUACCUGCCGUGGUGUUGACCUCCUUUUUAUUCUGUCCCUCCCGAAACCAUGCACUCACGGUGCUCGCCACCAAACCGGGACGCUGCCAUCGGCAAAAGAAACUCUCCCGAGGGGGGAGUUUGCACAUUCAUGAUCGAUUUCGUUGUACAUUUGCCACCGAUACCGAACACUGCUCGGAAUACGGGUGUGUGUGUGUGUGUGCCGGCCCAGAGACGUGUUGGAUGUUGGAUCCUGGAUCCUGUUACCUAAGACCGUCACCGAUCUCCGAUUUCUUGGAGCAUGGAAUGGAAAUGGAACGCUAGCGUAUGAGCCCGAUGAUCCUUAACUAAUGCUAACACACCGCUUUCCACUACCGCCCUCCACGGUGCAUCGAAAAGACGAACCUGUCUGCAUUAUGGAGAGCAUCUUAUCUCUCCGGUAGUUCAUCACUCAGGGUGAGCUGAAAUGACAAAUGAAAAACAGACUAGUAGAACUGGCUCCAUUCUUUUUGGAUUUCUCAACCCGAUUUCGUUAGAUAAUCGGUACGCUUCUGCUUACAUAACUUGGUUUUAUGUGAAUAAAAAUCUAUCACAACAUGAAACAUCUUGAUGAUGCAUUUUAAUUAAACAUUGCAAAAAAGAUGCCCUAUUUACUUUCCUCCUUUCAUCUUUUACUACAAACACCUCUUCAAGGACCAAAUAAACACGGAUCCAGUUGCCGAUUGCCAUUACAAACCCAUCAACCAUCAACGGUACUCAACAAACAAUUAAAUUGUUUUAUCUGUUUGUUUUGCAAAGCUACCCCCGUUUAACCUACACCAUCAUCCUUUCGUUGUGGGCAGAUUUAUGGUACAUCACCUGUUUUUUUUUUUCGCGUUCGCUCUCCAUUUGCUAAUCAUUUCCCGAUUGACAUGUAAAUCGGACACAUUAGUAAUUCAAAUGAGCUUUAAUGAGUACAUUUAUGUGCGAUCGAUCUCGGACGCAAUUUGCAUUUCGAUUCUUUUCCGUACUAUUUUGCACAGGGUAGCGUGUUACUGCUCCUCCCACACCGCACCGGUGCAUUGCGCGUCGCCAGCCGCUGCUCUAAUCAUGUGGAAAUGGGCGUCGCAUCAUGACGAAGCAAGCGUGGGACCAUCGUUUAAUCCGCUGCCCUUAAGAAGCUCACUUACUCUUGCAUUGGGUCGGUCGAAAUCUGACUCCUAAACUGCUCGAUGCGCACGUGACAGGGCAGAGCAUGAAAAUAUUACGUUUCAAGCCACGAGGUUACGAAAUGUUUCAAUCAACUAACUCCGCAGCUAGCCUCUCAGCUUUUUGACAUGGGCCCCGGCAGAGAAGGAAUCAGCAUGAAUUGAUGCUGCUAAGGGUCAUGUUUCCCGUCGCAAGCCUCUUCAUCACCUUCCAUUGUGUAGUGUGUGCGUUUAUCGCAUUACACCAUCUCCAUUGAGGCCACAACAACAACAACAACAACAACAAUAUUCACACGUUGCAAGCCCCCGCUCCACCAAUCUAUACACACUGACACUCUUUUGAGCGGGAGCGUGUCAUGAUGAUUUGCAAAGUUAAUGAACCCAUUUCAACACGAAUAAACCCGCACUGUCACUACCUCGCCUCACCAAACGAUGGGCGUACCUCGGCACAACCAGCCACAGUUUCCACUUAACGCGCAGCCGAGUCUCGGGGAAGGGAAACUUUUGCCCAUGCCUUAACUGAAUCGAUAAAUUUUAACCUAACUUUUGCAUUUUGUAAACUCACACCGAACUCACCUAUCGGAUCGGUCCCA